AUGACGUUGGUGGCGGGUGGCGAGCUCUACGAUAUUGUGGACAUGGUGGGUAAGGGGACCUUCGGGGAGGUGGUCAGGAGCUGUCGGAGGAGCACGGGAGAGAUGGUUGCCAUUAAGAUCUUGAGGAAUGAAGGCAACCAAGGCCAGAGCACCUGGAACGAGGUGAAGCUGCUGCGGGCGCUGCAGGCGGUGGACACGGAGGCAGUGCACAUCGUCCGCUUCCUCGAGUCAUUCCAGGACAGUGCCUGCACCUACCUGGUCUUUGAGCUGCUGGAACAAAGCCUCUUUGAAUUCCAGAAGAAGAACAACUUCUCGCCGCUGCCCGUGCGGCACAUCCGCACCAUCGUGGCGCAGGUGCUGGUGGCAUUGGCCAAACUGAAGGAGCUCGCCAUCAUCCACGCUGACCUGAAGCCAGAGAACAUCAUGCUGGUGGACCACACACGUCACCCUUUCCGCGUGAAGCUGGUGGACUUUGGCUCAGCCUGCAUCUUCAGCGAGGUGUGCUUCAUCAAGGAGCCCUACAUCCAGACCCGUUUCUACCGGGCGCCUGAAAUCCUGCUGGGGCUGCCCUUCUGCGAGAAGAUGGACAUGUGGUCCUUGGGCUGUGUGGUGGCCGAGCUCCACCUGGGCAGGCCGCUCUAUCCAGGCAGAAAUGAGGACGAGCAGGUCCGCUACAUCUGCAAGACGCAGGGUUUGCCUCCAGGGAGGCUGCUGUGCACUGCCCGCAAAGCUCAGCGCUUCUUCCGGCGGGCGCCGGAUCUGGCUGGAGCUUGGCAGCUGAAGCCGGAGGUGACGGUGGUUGGGGCAAAGGUGACGGUGGGGCAGAGGAGAUACAUCCUCUCCUCGCUGGAGCAGAUGGUGGCAGUCAACAUGCAGCCGCUGCUUGGCGCCGGGCAGGAGGCACUGGCCGAACGCUGCGACCUGCAUGGGAUGGUGGAGCUGGUGCAGAGGAUGCUCACCUGGGACUCACACGAGAGGAUCGCGCCCAGCACUGCCCUCAAGCACCCGUUCAUCUCCAUGCGGCAGCUUGAGUCCAGCUUCCAGGCCACCCAGUACUACCAGCUGUGCCAGCAGGCCACCCAGGCGUCCCGCGAGGAUGCUGCUGGUGCCGCUGCCCCUCCGACUGUGGAAGAAGGCAUCACAUUCCCACCAGAGAAGCAUGGCCGUUGCAGUGUGCAGAGAGCCACCACCCAGAUGGACAACCUCAGCCUAGGCGAGGAGAGCCAGCACGGCGCCUGCCACCCCAUCCCCUGCCACUAUGGGAGCUGGCACCAGGCAGUGCAGCACCCACAGCGCCCCAAGAUGAACACGGUUUCAGGUAACCUGAUUGUGUUGGGGCCACGGUCCCUUCCUGGUGGCGUGGCCAGGUGGCAGCUAGGAGCAGAGCAUGCACGGGGGAAUGUCCGCCUCGCCCCAUGCCAAGGUACCACUGUGGGUCAGGGGGCUGGCACAGAGUCCAGGGUGCUUGGGGUCCCCCGGGGGUUUCAGGUGCCUGGGUGA